CUCCCAGCACCACUGGCGUCCCUGCUGGGGUUGAAACCUGCCCGCCACUGGGGAGCCCCGCCUUUCCCUGCUCCCAGUUUCCACCCAGAGCGCAGGGAACAGCAGCCGCGAUGUCUGGACUGGGGCUGAUGACCCUCGUCCAGAAGCUGCUGCUCUGGAGCGCUCUGAGCGCCAUCUCCCUGGCCGGCGCCACCCUCAUCGUGAACCUCCUGAAGAUGCUGGCGAGAUACGCUCGGAACUGGAUGAAAAUGAGAGCCAUUCCGACAAUCGCUGGUGCCUACCCCUUUGUGGGUCACGCGUGGAUGAUGAAGCCGAACCCGAGAGAAUUUUUUCAGCAGCUCAUUCAUUAUACAGAAGAAUGCCGACACUUGCCAAUAUUGAAAGUCUGGCUUGGGACAGUGCCAGUGAUGGCCCUUUAUAAUGCAGAAAAUGUGGAGACAAUUUUAACUAGCUCAAGGCAAAUUGACAAGUCCUAUAUGUACAAGUUCUUGGAACCAUGGCUUGGACUUGGACUUCUUACAAGCACUGGAAACAAAUGGCGCUCUAGGAGAAAAAUGCUCACACCUACUUUCCAUUUUACAAUUCUGGAAGACUUCUUAGAUGUCAUGAAUGAGCAAGCUAAUAUAUUGGUUAGCAAGCUUGAAAAACAUGCUAACCAAGAAGCAUUUAACUGCUUUUUUUACAUCACUCUUUGUGCCUUAGAUAUCAUCUGUGAAACUGCCAUGGGAAAGAAUAUUGGUGCUCAAAGUAAUGGUGAUUCCGAGUAUGUCCGUGCAGUUUAUAGGAUGAGUGACAUGAUACAUAGAAGAAUGAGGACACCUUGGCUCUGGCUGGACUUUCUGUUCCUUAUGGUUAAGGAAGGAUGGGAACACAAAAGAAGCCUAAAGACUCUCCAUAAUUUCACCAACAAUGUCAUUGCAGAACGGGCCAAUGAACUGAAGAGAAAUGAAGAAUGUGGAAGUGACAACAGGGGCCCCUCCAAAUGGAAAAGCAGAGUAUUUCUUGACUUGCUUUUAAAUUUAACAGAUGAUGAAGGAAACAAGCUAAGUCAUGAAGCUAUUCGAGAAGAAGUUGACACUUUCAUGUUUGAGGGUCAUGAUACAACUGCAGCUGCAAUAAACUGGUCCCUGUAUAUGUUGGGUUGUUACCCAGAAGUCCAGAAAAAGGUAGACAAAGAACUGGAGGAAGUGUUUGGGGAGUCUGAUCGUCCUGUCAGCUUAGAAGAUUUGAAGAAACUGAAAUAUCUAGACUGUGUUAUUAAAGAGACCCUUCGCCUUUUUCCUUCAGUUCCUUUGUUUGCCCGCCAUCUCAAUGAAGACUGUGAAGUUGCAGGUUACAAAAUAUUGCAGGGCUCUCAAGCCAUCAUCUUUACCUAUGCUCUGCAUCGAGAUCCAAAGUACUUCCCAGACCCUGAGGAAUUUAAGCCAGAAAGGUUCUUUCCUGAGAAUUCACAAGGACGCCAUCCGUAUGCCUAUGUGCCUUUCUCUGCUGGACCCAGAAACUGUAUAGGUCAAAAGUUUGCCAUAAUGGAGGAAAAGAUCAUUCUCUCCUGCAUCUUGAGGCAGUUUUGGGUUGAGUCCACACAGAAAAGAGAAGAACUUGGUCUGACAGGCGAGCUGAUUCUUCGUCCAACUAAUGGCAUCUGGAUCAAGUUGAAGAAAAGAAACACAGAUGAGUCUUAACUGUAUCAUUGGGCUGUGUCAUUGCAAUUAAUAUGAAAAACUAUUUCCUGAUGAACUCUGUAUUUGCAAUUUAUAUCCAUAAUUCUUGGAUUCAUUAUCAUUGUUACCAGGGUUAUUGUUGAGGCUUGGUGCCUGCAUAGUGAAUCCACCAUUCCCAGUAGCCAUGUUUUCCUUUUAUAACCUUUCCUUUUUGUUUGAUAAGUUAGAGAAAAGGGGAAGAGAG